AUGUCCCAGGUUCGUCGUCCCGAAUCUGGCGCAGACAGACUCACCACUUCUUCUCCCAUGGUCGCGGAACUAGAUGGACACAUGUUGGAUCACCUGCGACGGCUUGAAAAACUCACGACGAACUCCGAGGAGCAACCUAGGAAGCUCGGCUUGUCAUGGAGCAACCUGACUGUAAAGGGCGAUGGUGCUAAUGCUACCUUCAACGAAAAUGUGGCCUCUCAGGUCAAUCCUCUCGGCAAAGGCAACAAAGGCUCUCAUUCCAGGACCAUCGUCGAUCGUUCGUUCGGAUGCGUCAGACCUGGCGAGAUGUUGCUUGUCUUAGGUCGUCCUGGAGCCGGCUGCACGACCUUGUUGAGCGUACUUGCCAAUAACCGUCGUGGUUUUAAGGAAGUCUCUGGUGAGGUUCGAUAUGGUGCGAUGACCUCAAAAGAGGCACAAGACUUUCGGGGACAGAUCGUCAUGAACACCGAGGACGAGAUCUUCUAUCCAACGCUGCCUGUACAAGCAACUGUCGACUUCGCUACUCGGCUGCGAACACCACGUCAGCUUCCACCUGGUGUCGAAACACAUGAAGCAUAUUCUCAAAGCUACAGUAAGCUUCUGCUGGAGUCCCUCGGGAUUGCUCAUACAACGAGGAUGAAAGUCGGAGAUGCCUUUAUUAGAGGAGUGUCUGGUGGUGAGCGCAAGCGUGUCUCUUUGGCAGAAUGUCUUGCUACUCGCGCCAGCGUCUACUGCUGGGACAAUCCUAUCCGAGGUCUCGAUGCCAGCACCGCACUUGAAUAUAUCAAGACACUACGAACUAUGACAUCUGCUCUCGGACUGGUCACCAUCCUCACUCUUUACCAAGGCGGAAAUGCCAUCUAUGACCAAUUCGAUAAGAUACUCGAUGCGGUCCCGUUUAUGGAGAGUCUGGGCUUCGUUUGUGAUGGUGGCUCUAAUCAGAGCGACUUCUUGACCGGCGUCGUCGUUCCUACCGAACGUCAUAUCGCCGCAGGCUACGAGAGCAAAUACCCCAGAACAGCCAACGAGAUCGCCGCCGCUUAUGAUCGAUCGGAAACAAAGGCUGCGAUGAUAAAUGAGGCGUGUAGCUAUCCGGAAGGUGCUGCCGCGCAAGAGUAUACAGAAGCCUUCAAGAAUAUCAUCAUCACAGAGCGUGACAGAGGUAGUCGGAAUUCUUCUGUCAGUGCAAAUUUCCUCAAUCAAGUGCGCUUUGCGAUAAUCCGGCAAUACCAACUGCAGCGGGGCGACAAAUCAACCGUGUUGAUCAAGCAAGUCUCGACGUUGGUGCAGGCACUGAUUGGUGGAUCUCUCUUUUACAAUGCUCCUCAAAACAAUCUUGGCUUGUUCAUAAAAGGCGGAGCCAUCUUCUUCUCCACACUGUACCAUGCUUUGCUUGCUCUGGGUGAGGUGACUGACUCCUUUACUGGAAGACCGGUCUUAGCGAAGCACCGCUCUUUCGCUCUGUACCACCCGGCAGCUUUUACACUUGCCCAGAUCAUCGCGGACGCUCCCUUACUGCUAUUUCAGGUCGUCCAGUUCAGCCUUGUCCUGUACUGGAUGACUGGCCUUCGACCCACUGCAGAAGCUUUCUUCAUCUUUCUGCUCAUCAGUUACAUGAACGCCAUGACUAUGACUCAAUACUUCCGGGCGAUCGGCGCUGCUUUCCCGACCUUCGACGCCGCCACAAAGGUGUCCGGGCUCUCUUUCGUAGCCUUGUUCAUAUAUAUGGGCUACAUGAUUGCGAAACCCGUAAUACAUCCAUGGUUUGUCUGGAUCUUCUGGAUCAACCCUAUGGCUUAUACCUUUGAAGCACUCCUCUCGAAUGAGUUCCACAACACCAUAAUACCAUGUGCUGGUCUCAAUCUUGUGCCGAGUGGUCCCGGCUACGGAGAUAACAACGGCGGCCAAUCGUGUGUCGGAGUCCGCGGAGCUAUGCCAGGUAGUACCAGCGUUACAGGUGACUCAUAUCUCAACGCCUUGUCAUAUUCUCACGCACACCUGUGGCGCAACUUCGGCAUACUCUGCGCCUGGUGGAUCUUUUUCGUUGCACUCACCAUGAUCUUCACCGGCAGAUGGAAGCUGCCAGGAGAUGGCAACCGUCGCUUGCUGGUCCCUCGUGAACAUCAGGGAAAAGUGGCACAUUUGCUGAAGUCUGCCGAUGAAGAAGCACAAACCUCGCAAGAGAAGCUGGAUUCUGGCUCCGAGUCCGACAGCAGCGGUGCGAAAGACUUGAUCCGCAACAAGAGCGUCUUCACGUGGAAGAACCUCACAUACACAGUCAAGACCUCUGAGGGCGAUCGGGUCCUCCUUGAUAAUGUUCAGGGGUAUGUGAAACCGGGUAUGCUUGGCGCCCUGAUGGGCUCCUCUGGUGCAGGUAAAACGACGCUUCUGGAUGUUCUAGCUAGACGGAAGACACAAGGCACUAUCCAGGGUAGUGUGCUAGUCGAUGGGCGACCUGUCCCUAUAUCCUUCCAAAGGUCAGCCGGCUACGUCGAGCAGAUGGACGUCCACGAACCACUCGCGACCGUGCGGGAAGCUCUCGAAUUCUCGGCCCUUUUGCGACAGCCAGCCGACAUACCAAACCAUGAUAAGUUACGAUACGUCGAUACUAUUGUCGACCUUCUGGAACUACAAGACCUCGAACAUACCCUUGUCGGUGCACCUGGGUCAGGUCUUUCGAUCGAGCAGCGUAAGCGACUAACAAUCGCUGUCGAAUUGGUCGCUAAGCCAAGUAUUUUGAUAUUCCUGGACGAACCGACAUCCGGAUUAGAUGGUCAAGCUGCCUAUGCGACGGUCAGAUUCCUUCGCAAGCUCGCAAUGGGAGGGCAAGCCGUCCUCGUCACGAUCCACCAGCCUUCAGCUCAGCUCUUUGCGCAGUUCGACAAACUACUGCUGCUGACUACCGGUGGAAAGCCGGUCUAUUUCGGAGACGUCGGUGAGGCUCUCAAGGACUACUUCGGGCGCCACGGUGCUCCAUGUCCUUCCGGAACGAACCCUGCCGAGCACAUGAUUGAGGUUGUGACAGGAGUCGGAGCAGGAAGAGGCAAAGACUGGAACCGGAUCUGGCUGGAGUCACCCGAGAACGAGAAGCUGACACAGGAGAUCGACCUGAUGAUGCAGACCGCGGCUACUCAACCCUCGUCUAUUGACGACGAAGAUGAUGGCGAGUUCGCAGCUUCGAUGUGGACGCAGAUCAAGCUAGUGACACAGCGCAUGAACGUGUCACUGUAUCGCAAUACCGAGUACGUGAAUAGCAAAUUCGCUAUGCAUGUCUCCCUGGGUCUUCUGAACGGCUUCACUUUCUGGAUGAUCGGAGACUCUCCCACCGAUCUCCAGCAGAACUUGUUCACGAUCUUCAACGUCAUCUUCGUCGCUCCAGGAGUCAUCUCACAGUUGCAGCCGCUUUUCAUCGACAGGCGAGAUAUUUUUGAGGUAAGGGAGAAGAAAAGCAAAAUGUAUCACUGGGCACCUUUCGUCACCGGCCUUAUCAUAUCGGAGUUUCCGUAUCUACUCAUCUGCGGACUGCUCUAUUACGUUUGCUGGUAUUUCGGUCCUGGUCUUAGCACUUCGCCAUACUCUGCAGGCAGCGUAUUCUUCGUAAUUUUGAUGUACGAGUUACUUUACACUGCUAUUGGACAAUCAAUAGCCGCCUACACGCCGAAUGCCGUCUUCGCUUCACUCGUGAACCCGCUGAUGAUCGUGACCUUGGUCUCGUUCUCUGGUGUCGUCGUUCCCUACAGUCAAAUUCAGCCCUUCUGGAGGUACUGGCUUUAUUACCUUGAUCCAUUCAACUACCUCCAGUCCAGUCUUUUGAUCUUCACUACGUGGGACAAACCCGUGAAGUGCAAUCCAGACGAGAUCGCACUUUUCCAUCCUGCCGUCGGCCAGACUUGUGCUGAGUAUCUUGAGGUGUAUCAAACCAGCACGGGAUCCGGGAUCAAUCUGCUCAAUCCCAGCGACACUGUGAAUUGUCGUGUAUGCCAAUACUCGAGCGGUGCGGAUUAUUUACGCACCCUAAACCUUGCAGAAAAGUCGGAUGGCUGGAGAAAUGCGGGGAUUGUGGUGGUCUUUGUGAUUGGCAUUUAUGGGCUUGUGUACCUGAUGAUGAAGUUGAGGACCAAGCAGACCAAGAAGGCCGAGUCGUGA